AUGGGCUUUCGCGAUUGGGCAAAGAUGGAAUUCAAGCGAGGUGAUAUCAAUGACUUUAUAGACACAAUUGCAGGGUAUAAGUCAACAAUCUCAGUGGGUCUAGGCACCAUAACGAUGCAAACCACUAAAGUAUCUCAGCACGUUCUCGAAGAGUACAACGAAUUGGUCCAGGACACAGUAUAUAACCUUGAGGUCUAUUUACGUCGUAUUGAUGAAAAAUUGGCACGGAUUCCUUUUGAUACAACCGAUAAUACCCCGGGAAUAAACCUGGACCUGAAGGACGAAAGAGCAGUAACCAAACAAUGCCUAAGGAUUUGUCAAGACGCAAAAUCUUAUAUUGAAUCAUUGGCAAAUCGAGAAUCUGAUCUACUGCAAGAGGCACCUCCUGACACUGCCAAUGAUGACACAGAAAGACUCUUUGACGCGCAGUUGUUAACACGUCAAGCUCUGGAAGCAAACCGGGACAGCUUCGCAGAGGUAAUCGGUCACCUUGGCAGACGCCUACAAACUUUGGUACUGGACAGGAAUCCAGAAAACGAUAAUGACCGGCAGCGAUUACAGGAAGACAUCAAUAUCUCCAUGAAGUGUUUAGAGGUAUGCAAGGUGGCUAGCGAGGUUUCCCGUCAGAAGAUAUACCGGGUUGGGGAAGCGGUGGCCGAUGGUGACAGCGAUCAAGUAGUGGUGACGACCUUGGCGGAUUUAUUUGAUGUCAAGAAGGCGCUGUCUACAGGUAAUUCAGCGCAGUUGGUUGGAUCAAUGACGGAUGAUGCUCUUUGUCAUCUAGCGGACAAGCGUUAUGGCAGUCGUUUUGGGGUCUCAGCUCACCCUACAGGAGCCACCACCACGAAGUCACCGCCGGCUUUUGAAACUCGAAGAAGCAAACACUCUUUCCCACCCCAAUCCGGCAAUGACGAGCGGUUCUCUAAACUGGAAACGAGACGCAACGAACCAUCUCCCAAUGAGAUGAGAAAACGGGCGACGAGUGACAAAAAGGAUCAAGAUUAUAAUAAAAGAGAAGCCGGGAUUUAA